UAUCCUUUAAUUUUUUAAAAAUUCAUUUUCUUAAUGUUUGAAGUAAUAUAAAUACAUAUAAAGUAGGCCAUGAAUUCUGUCAUCGUGUUUUACAUCGAGCAUGAUAUUUAAUUAGGCAAAAUGGUUAAAUGACUGAUAUUUUCAUAGCUAGAACUCUAUUCCACUGCAAUCUUGAUUGUUAAAUAAAAGAUCAGUAGGAUGUCACUUGUGGAUCGCGAAAUCUCAUGACGAGUUUGAAUCAGACGUCAUCCGAGGAGGCAGUUUUAUUAGCACGCGGUUAUAAAUUUCUAAAAAAGCUGGGAGAAGGUGCUUACGCGAAGGUGUAUCUGGCGGAGUAUAAACCAGAAUCAGAUCCAGAAAGGAAUAGUACUUUGGCUUGCAAAGUGAUAGACACCGGGCUAGCGCCGAAAGAUUUCGUCCGAAAGUUUCUUCCCCGGGAGCUCGACAUUCUGGUGAAAUUGAAUCAUCCUCACGUGGUGCAUGUACAUAGUAUAUUCCAAAGACGUACAAAAUAUUUCAUAUUUAUGCGUUACGCUGAGAAUGGCGAUCUCCUGGAGUUUAUACUGAAGAAUGGUGCGGUUGCAGAGGGACAGGCGCGUGUAUGGUUUCGACAACUUGCUCUUGGUCUUCAAUAUUUACACGAAAUGGAGAUUGCCCACAGAGACAUAAAAUGCGAGAAUGUUCUACUAACGUCAAAUUUCAAUGUCAAGCUUGCGGAUUUCGGAUUUGCUCGCUACGUGAUAGAUAAUCGAGGUAAACGCGUUCUGAGCGAUACUUAUUGCGGUUCUCUAUCGUACGCUGCCCCAGAGAUCCUUCGUGCUUCCCCGUACAAUCCAAAGAUUGCGGAUCUCUGGUCCCUUGGUGUCAUCCUCUACAUUCUUUUAAACAAAUCGAUGCCCUUUGACGACACUGAUAUCAAACGUCUGUACGAACAACAAACAAAUCGCAAAUGGAAGUUCCGAAGUAAAAUCGCAGAAACCUUAAGCGAACAAGUAAAGAAGCUAGUGACUCGUCUUUUGGAACCUGAUGUCUCGAAACGCUGGAAACUGGAUCAGACAUUGCACAGUGAAUGGAUUGCAAUGGAUCCUAGACUUCUGGUACUCACACCAGCUGAACAGACUGCUCUUAACAACGCAAUACAGGAAAGGAAGAAAAUCGAAGAGAAAUUCUCUGCGAAAGAUCCUAAAUUGUUCAAAGUGGAGGAAAAGAAGAAAACGAACAACACGGCUAAUGCGAAACCUGAAGAGGUCACCGUGAUUAAGAAAGCUGCCAGAGUAACAAUGUCUUCUGUAGCUGCUGGACCCAUAUUUAAACGCUCUUAGCGUUCAGCAGUAUACGUAUGUUGAGCUUUAUAUGAAUCUCCAUGACCAUAAACCAUCAAGUUGCUGUCAGGAGAAUUUUUCUACACCUUCAUAC